ACCAUCACCCAUGAAGCAUCGCCUGUUUUAUACCUCGCCUGAACCGUGUUGGUGAAUCCAGCCUUCGCCAUGAGCUGUCUGGAUGUUAUGUACCAAGUGUAUGGUCCUCAGCCUUACUUUACAGCAGCCUACAGUCCUUACCACCAUCAGAAACUAGCUUUUUACUCGAAAAUGCAAGAAGCGGCGGACAGUACAAACAUCAGUGGAUCAUUUUCUGUGCAGGGCUCUACGAUCAAAGAGGAAGAAUCGCGCAGUGAGAAAGAGCGCCCAGCUGAAGCGGAAUAUCUCAGCUCCCGAUGCGUGCUCUUCACUUACUUCCAGGGUGACAUUAGCAGUGUUGUUGAUGAACAUUUUACAAGGGCACUGAGUCAGCCCAGCAGUUACACUCCAGCCAGCAGUAGCUCCAAAUCUUACAGAGGCAGCACGAGUUCUUGGAGAGAUGGAGCCUUCCCCAUGAACCAACGGAGUUUUCCUCCUUCUUUCUGGAACAGCGCUUAUCAGCCCUCCAUGUCAGCAAGCCUAAGUAGCAGUCUAGGCAAUGCCCUGGCUGGAGCUCCCACUGAGCUGCCCUUUGGAGCUGACCCAUAUUCAAGUGCCACUUUGCACACCCAUCUACACCAAGGAGCUCCUGAGCCCUGGCACCACCAUCACUACUCAUUGGGCAGUGCCAUCAAUACACAGAGCUCUGUCUACACACGGCCUAGCAUGCAUGAUGUAUACGGGAUGGGUACACCUUUUGACCCACGCUACAGUUCACUGUUAGUGCCUUCAGUGAGGCCACAUCGGCUUCCUGCUGUCCCUACACCCCAGUGUGAUCUUGCCAAGGGUGACACUGCCUCCGCAUGGACCACAGGGGCCUUCACAGGGCCCACCAGUGAUAUGAGCCAAACCCUCAACCUCAAUAUGGAUGCAGCUCGCCGUUACUCCCUUUGUGGUGGACCCCUGUUAAGCUGA